CGGUAUUGAAAGUGUUGAAAUUUGUAGAUAUCUUAAAAAUAGCAAAGAAAAACACUGAUUUAUUAAUGUGAUGCAAUAGGUCAGCAAGGAUAUUCAAUUUCAAAUUUUUCAUUAUAAAAACAAAAUAAGUUCAGGUUUAAUUUAUUAUUAACUGUUUAUUGUGCCUACAUAAAGAUGAAGGUUUUAGUAUUUUUCUUGGCAGCAUUUUUGACUAUUGUCAAUGCUUCAUAUUUGCACGGACCGGGACACGCCGUGGCUUACGUGGCAACCUCGCAAGGGCACGGAGGUUACGGCCUUCAUGGAGGUUAUAAUGGAGGAAAUGCCGGUUAUGGAGGUUAUAAUGGAGUGAGAGGAGGUUUGGCUGGUAUUUCUGGAGGUUAUGGAGGUCAUGGAUACUAUGGAUAAAUCAGGAGCGUCUAGAACUGAUGGAAAUAACAAAAAAAAUCCAACUUAUUUCCAUCUUGAUUAAUUUUUUUUUUUGGUAAUUACAUUGGAAAUAAAAUUUAUUAUGCCUUUCUUGUGAAAUUAAAUCUGUUUUAUUU